AUGUGUCCCCCUCCAGACAGGCAGGCCAGCACUGCUCUGUUGGCGGAGGGCGCAGAGCCGGUUGCCUGCUGGAAACCGCCAGAAACCACACAUGAAGAUGCUGGCGGUUUUAAAGAAGAAGAAGAUAUAUUUGGAUUUCUGCUGGCGGAUGAAAGGUUCCGAGGGGAGGGCUACCGAGAGGGAUUUGAUAAAGGGACCCACCGAGGACUGCAAGACGGUCGGCGACAUGGAACCGCUCACGGGGCAAAGCUGUCCACUGAGAUUUCCUUCUAUUAUGGGUUUGCCGUCACGUGGAAAUGUCUCCUCCAACACAAUACAAAUGUAAAAUCAGGGAAGCGUAUGAAAGCAGUGGAAGCUCUCCUGGGUUUGAUCCAAAACUCCCCUCAUGAUGAUCCGCAGUCUGAAAAGCUACAGGAACACAUGGAGAGACUUCGUGCCAAGUUCAGACAGGUCUGCUCUAUGCUGAGUGUCCCGGCUGACUUCAACGAUUACAUCAAAUCUUGCGAGGGGACUUCUUUCUGAACCCGGCCUGAUUGGGAGGAGAUGUUGAGACCACUCUGCGUUCUGGACAGAAGACAGCAAAGUCCUAUCCUGGGAUUGGUCUUCAAUGGAUUUAUUUCAGGGUCUGCAGUGACUGCGUCAGUUUGACAGUCCCUUUGAGAUUAGUCUUGACUUCACAUUCUAGUG